ACCGGAAACACCCACGCUUCUCUGAUGUGUAACGCACGUCCAUCAAGCAAACAAAGCCCCUACAACCCCAUUUAAUUACAAUCUUGCCAUUCCUCAUCUUCACCACUUUCCAUUUCCACUCAAAGUUCUUUGUCCACUUUUGCAUACCAUAAAUAAACACACACGCAGUUUCACUGUGUUCGGCGAAGCACCGAAAAAUAAACUUUAAAUAUUCAUUAAAAAAAUAAAAUAAAGCUAUUUAUUUAUUUUUACUGUAAAUUUUAUUUUUUCCACUCUCAACCUUCUUCCCCGUGUGUGUAUGUUUGUUACUUCCAUGGCUAAACCGAAGCCUCCGAGACGAACCCUAGAUUCAUUCACAGUCAAACACAUCAACAAAACCGUUAGACCGGGCGAUUGCGUGCUUAUGCGACCUUCUGAGCCGGGGAAAUCGUCGUAUGUGGCUAGGAUCGAGCGGAUCGAAGCUGAUUCCCGAGGCGCCAACGUCAAGGUUCACGUCCGCUGGUACUACCGUCCGGAGGAAUCAAUCGGCGGCCGCCGUCAGUUUCACGGCUCCAAGGAGGUUUUCCUCUCCGAUCACCUUGAUUUUCAGAGCGCCGACACUAUUGAAGCCAAGUGUACGGUCCACAGUUUCAAGAGCUAUACUAAGCUCGAUGCCGUUGGGAAUGAAGAUUUCUUCUGCCGUUUUGAGUAUAAUUCCUCCACCGGCGCCUUCAAUCCUGAUCGUGUUGCCGUGUAUUGUAAAUGUGAGAUGCCGUACAAUCCUGAUGAUCUAAUGGUCCAGUGUGAGGGGUGCAGUGAUUGUACCUUUAUUAAAGAGGAUUUGAGGGGAUGCAGUCUUCAGCUUUUUAUUAUAUUAUUCAGGUUCCAUCCUGCGUGUAUAGACAUGACUGUGGAGGAAGCUGAAAGACUUGACCACUUUUAUUGUGAAGGUUGUUCUGCUGAAGGUCAAAAAAGUUUGCAAAAUUCUCAUUCUGCUACGAGAUCAGAUACAAAGGUGGAUACAAAACGCCGUCGAAGGCAAUAGUGUGAUAGUAGUAUAUAAGGCAUAAAAUGAGGUAGAUCUAUAAUGAAGGUACUCGAGACCUUGAUUUCUAAUCCCAGGUAGCGGCAGAACAAACAGAGACAAAUCAAUGUUAUCUAAUAUAAACUAGUCUUUCUCUACUUUCAUGGAAGAGACUGAUCUAAAUAUGUUUGUCAUGUCCUUUUGGUUUGAGUAUCCAUCCUGCUUCCUUUGAAAGUGGAGGGUGUUUUUCAUUUUCUGUAAUUAUAUAAUGUAGAUUCUGUAUCUCCUCUUCUAGUCCCUGUUCUUACUUGGACUAUUGUAAAUUAUCCUGACUUAUUUACUAGCUAGCAGUAGACACUUUUAUUCUUUCUUUGUACUGAUAUAUGCAAUCCUGGCAUCUAGACUUUC